AUGGACUUCAUCGCACGACACACCUCCAUUCCCGUACCUCGUGUGCAUGAUGCUUUCUCUGCUCGCGGAGAGACUUGGCUUGUGAUGGAGUACAUAGAUGCCCCCCUUCUCAUCAGGGUUUGGCGGAAUCUAAGCGAGCACGAGAGACUUAGCGCCAUGCAGCAGCUGAAGGGUUACAUCGACCAGCUACGCUCUCUCGAACCUCCCGAACCCGGGAAGGUGCAGGCAGUUGAUGGCACUGGCUGUAUUGACUCGAGAAUGGCGAGCGAGCCUUGGGGUCCUUUCCAUACAAUCAGCGACUUCCAUACCUUUUUCGGCCACGAUUAUAAAACUUCUGGGAGGGUCUAUAGGACAGUCUUUACGCAUGGAGAUCUUGGGCCGCACAACAUUCUGUGGAAGGACGGAAAGAUCGCCGCGAUCAUUGACUGGGAGACUGCAGGAUGGCUUCCGGAGUAUUGGGAGUAUACGCGGAGUCAUGAAUCCAUACCGGAGGAGCUAAGGGUUGAGCAGGACCUUGGCUCAGUGCUCACACGUAUUUGA